AACAGAACGCGCUGACGUCACCAGCUGGAGUGACGCAAUCACGCUCGCGUUCUCUGAUCAUGGCCGCCGCUGCUGCUCGAGCUCGCCCGUGAUCCGCGGACCGCUGCGAUCGGUAUGGAGGAGGACUCCGCCGACCCGUAUCUCCCGUAUGACGGCGGAGGGGACACGAUCCCCCUGCAGGAGCUCCGCGGCGGAGGGUCGAACUACGCCAUGUCUAAUGGAGGGGGCGGAGCUGGGGCCAGUAUCUCCACCCACCUGCUGGACCUGCUGGAGGAGCCCAUUCCAGGCGUGGGAACCUACGACGACUUCCACACCAUCGACUGGGUCAGAGAGAAGUGCAAAGACCGAGAGCGACACCGCAAGAUAAACAGUAAAAAGAAGGAAUCGGCAUGGGAGUUCACCAAGAGUCUGUACGACGCCUGGUCCGGGUGGCUGGUGGUCACGCUAACAGGACUAGCAUCAGGAGCGUUAGCCGGAGUGAUCGACAUCGUGGCCGACUGGUUGAACGAUCUGAAGGAGGGCGUGUGUCUCAGUGCCAUGUGGUUUAAUCACGAGCAGUGCUGCUGGGACUCCAACGAGACCACCUUCGCCGAGAGAGACAAGUGUCCUCAGUGGAAGACGUGGGCCGAACUCAUUCUGGGGCAGGCUGAGGGUCCAGGCUCCUAUAUAAUGAACUACUUCAUGUUCACGUUUUGGGCGCUGUCCUUCGCCUUCCUGGCCGUGUCUCUGGUGAAGGUGUUUGCGCCGUACGCCUGCGGCUCUGGAAUACCUGAGAUCAAAACUAUCCUGAGCGGCUUCAUCAUCCGCGGGUAUCUGGGCAAGUGGACGCUGAUGAUAAAGACCAUCACUCUGGUUCUGGCCGUGGCGUCGGGCCUCAGUCUGGGGAAGGAAGGUCCGCUGGUCCACGUGGCCUGUUGCUGCGGAAACAUCUUUUCCUACCUUUUCCCCAAAUACAGCAAAAACGAGGCCAAGAAAAGAGAGGUUUUGUCGGCGGCGUCGGCUGCUGGUGUGUCUGUGGCUUUCGGGGCUCCUAUCGGAGGAGUUCUGUUCAGUCUGGAGGAGGUGAGCUAUUAUUUCCCUCUGAAGACUUUGUGGCGCUCGUUCUUCGCGGCUCUGGUGGCGGCGUUCGUGCUGCGCUCCAUCAACCCGUUCGGAAACAGUCGUCUGGUGCUGUUUUACGUGGAGUACCACACGCCCUGGUACCUGUUCGAGCUCUUCCCCUUCAUCCUGCUGGGGGUGUUUGGAGGCCUGUGGGGAGCCUUCUUCAUCCGGGCCAACAUCGCCUGGUGCCGCCGCCGCAAGUCCACACGCUUCGGUAAGUAUCCGGUGUUGGAGGUGAUCACGGUCGCUGCCAUCACGGCUAUUGUGGCGUUCCCGAACCCGUACACGCGGCAGAACACCAGCGAGCUGAUCAAAGAGCUGUUCACGGACUGCGGGCCGCUGGAGUCGUCUCAGCUCUGCCAGUACCGCAGCCAGAUGAACGGCAGUCAGGCGUAUCCCGCGGGAUCGGACGCCGCCGCCGCCCCCGGCGUCUACUCGGCCAUGUGGCAGCUCAGCCUGGCGCUCGUCUUCAAAAUCAUAAUGACCAUCUUCACCUUCGGACUCAAGGUGCCGUCGGGUCUGUUCAUCCCCAGUAUGGCCAUCGGGGCGAUCGCGGGGCGUAUCGUGGGAAUCGCUGUGGAGCAGCUGGCGUAUUAUCAUCACGACUGGUUCCUGUUCAGAGAGUGGUGUGAGGUGGGCGCCGACUGCAUCACACCGGGACUCUAUGCCAUGGUGGGCGCCGCCGCCUGUCUGGGCGGCGUGACGCGCAUGACGGUGUCUCUGGUGGUCAUUGUGUUCGAGCUGACCGGCGGGCUGGAGUACAUCGUUCCUCUCAUGGCGGCGGUGAUGACCAGCAAAUGGGUUGGCGACGCUUUCGGGAGGGAGGGGAUCUACGAAGCCCACAUCCGUCUGAACGGAUACCCCUUCCUGGACGCCAAGGAAGAGUUCACGCACACCACGCUGGCGCGGGAAGUGAUGCGUCCGCGGCGUAAUGACCCGCCGCUGGCCGUGCUGACGCAGGACGACAUGACGCUCGCCGAGCUGCAGAACAUCAUAUCCCAAACCAGCUGCAACGGCUUCCCCGUCAUCGUCUCCAAAGAGUCGCAGAGACUGGUGGGCUUCGCGCUGCGCAGGGAUAUAACCAUCGCUAUAGAAAACGCCCGGCGUAAGCAGGAGGGAAUAAUGCUGAACUCGUGGGUGUAUUUUACCCAGCAUGCCCCGACCCUCCCGGCCGACAGCCCGCGGCCGCUGAAGCUGCGCAGCAUCCUGGACAUGAGCCCCUUCACCGUCACCGACCACACGCCCAUGGAGAUCGUGGUGGACAUCUUCCGCAAGCUCGGCCUGCGCCAGUGCCUCGUGACGCACAACGGGAUUUUAUUGGGCAUCAUCACAAAGAAGAAUAUUUUAGAACAUCUGGAAGAGCUCAAGCAGCACGUGGAGCCCUUGGCGCCUCCUUGGUAUUAUUACAAAAAAAGAUAUCCUCCGUCAUAUGGCCCAGAUGGCAAACCAAGACCCCGAGUCCAUAAUGUUCAACUAGCAUCCCCCUCUUCCCGCUACGAGGAAGAUGAGAUUGAAGAGGAGGUCCGUUUACUGGACAACUCAUCCCUCUGACCACACGCCCCUACGGUACCCUGAACCGCCCAAGUAUAUAAAAAACACUACGCCAGACGGGACCCCAUCCUCUGGAUACUUGCACAAGACUCCAAAACGAGUCUUUCGAGGCAGAGCCUGGCUGCUUGAAAAACUUUUGGGAGAAGCUUGAGUCUUGGACGCGCCAAGUGGAGGAACUUUCUCCAAAUGCUAGCACGCUAAACUAACUCUCACACGCGCAUGCAAAAACACACACGGGACCUGCUUGAUUGACCUCUUAGCCUCCUGCCUGAGAAAAUGCGUCCUAAAGAGGUGAAAGGUCAAGAUGAACCACUGGAAACAAGGCGAGACCGCCGUGACCCUCACUGUCCCACCACAUCCCGAAAUGGACUCUAUAGCUUUGUCUACUUGUAGUGUGUGUGAGAGAUACAAGAAAGACGGUGAACUAGAUCGUGUUUGAACGCGCCCCAAUAUUCCAGUCGGGAUCUGAUGCUGUGAAGCCGAAGAAACGUCGAAAAGUGUCCUGUACAUAAUGGAUACGUUGCCCGUGCAAGUGAUUUUUGCGAGCGAUCCGUGAAGAUCAAGUAUUCAGCAUUGCGAAAAGAUCAAGCAUACAAGCGUGGGUUUUGUGCUACCUAGCGAAAGGAUGUUGGGAGGAGAACAGGGUGUACAUCUUACAACAUAAUUAAUCAUCUUUAAUCUCAACACUACGACGGCCAGUCUAAACCGCAGUGGGAUUGUAGGUAACAAGCCAAACGAGUCUGUCUGGCAGGUCUCUGAGUGCCCACACUUUAUAAAGUUUUGUGCUUUUCGUUACUGGGGAUGAAAAACCAAGACGCUUUUCUUUUACAGCUGCUAUCUUGGCUAUUAUAUUUAACUGUACUAAGCAACUCCUAAUAGUUUGAAAAUCAAAAAAUGUGACUUGACCAACUUUUUUAACUUUGCAAACAAGCAUUAAUGUUCAAACUGGUGAAUGCUGGCUCCAGUGCAGUUUAAAUUUGCCAUUCUCUUGUAUGCUCACAUUUCAUCUCGCGUGAUAUAACAUCCUCAUCUGAAUAAUCAAAUAUUUGAUUGCCCUGAAAUCUUACAUUAAACAUCUCAAAUUGUUUAUCCGCAUCUGACGGCUAUCUAAGAACAGGCUCUAAAGUAUAAAUCCCACGAAGAAAUGCCCAGGUCAUAUUUCAUCCCAAAAUAAAAUAUGUAUUUUGUGUAAUGAAAAUGAAGCCCGUUUUGAACCCUAACCCAUUUUAAAUUUCAAAUGAUGCAUAUUUUACCCCCGAAUAGUUAUUUUGAGAAAUUUUAUGUGAAAAAAUAUUGUUCCCAGUACUGAACCAUCAAGCCAAAUUGUCAUGAAAACCAUGUCAAAAUGCAUGUAAAGCUUCAUUAUGCUAAAUAUUUUUUCCUUUUAAUACAAGGCUGAAAUAUGACCCAGACAUUUUUUAUGACACUAAAAAACUACAUGUAAAUACAGGCUAACAACUAAACUGUUUUUGGAGAUGCCAGAUGAUUCAGAUGUUACGUAUUGGCACUGAAAAAGCGAUGAUGAAAUGUGACUGUUAGAGAUCGUUAGAAUGGAAACUCUAGUUCAUUUGUGCUUGCUCCUGUUGGCCCCUUCAUUUUCUUUUCCUGAGAAAUACGUGGCACAGUUUUGUGUAAAUUUGACACUUGUGGUAACCAUUGCUGUAUGUUAAACUAACCUACCAGUUGCACUACCAUCUGUUUUUUCUUAAAUUUAAUUUUGAAUUACAUAUGCGCAUGGUCAUUUCUUUUCCAAAACAAGGCCGAAGUGUUGUCUUUUAACUGAUUGGUGAAAUUCUGUCCUUUUGCUUUGUUUCCAUGGUGAACCCCCCCCCCGAUUGAUUGACAGUAAUUGAGCCAUGUGGGUGGGGCUUCUGUGUUCUCAUUAGCAAUUGAUGUUCCUCUGUUAAUCAGUGAAGAAAACAAAAUGUUGUUAUAUAUUGAUCUAAUUUUUUUUUAAUUUAUACUAGUGCUAGAGUUGUACAAUAUGGAGAAUUUUAUGUAUGAUUGAUUUGAUUGUACAUUAAAAAAAACACAAAUAUGUAAAGAUUAAA